AUUGCGAUGCUUCCUCCCAUCCAGCAGGGGGAGAUGCUGUGUUCAUUUGCACCCACUUGAGUUUUGGAGAGACACGCGUAUGUUGUAGACAUGCACACUUAGCUCAUUGCGAAUAAUACAUUGUAAGAGCGUUUUACAGUGACCAUUUAGACGUUUUGGCUGCGGCAACUCGUGAAUUCUGCGUGUCUCUGAAACGGCAACAACAAACAUGUCGACAGUCUUCUCUUUCCAGGCACAGCUGGUCUCCAUCAUGGACGCGUUAUCCAAAACAGCUGUAAUAGAAAUAGGCAAACUGGUCGAGAUCGAGUCGAAGAUGCUGAAAAUAGAGAUAUCUCGAGGACGGAACGAAAUUGCCUCGCUCACAGAGAAAUUGCAGUUGAUGGAGAAAUUGCUUUGUAUUGCGCAGGCGGGCAGGCAGGAUGCAGCAGCAGCUGCAGCAUGUUCAGCAACGAGGGACUCCUCAGAAAACGGAAUACUGGGGACUGACAGGACAAGACCUGCCAUAAAAAGUGAAAGCCCUUGGGAAAGCUCAGACAUGAGCUGUGUGCAUCAAGCGGAAGAGCAUACCUCAGUUGCACUUGUAAACCCACAGAAAGAGCAGCCUGACCUGAUAGUGGUGAAGGAAGAGCCAUCAGAGGUGGACAACGGAAACACCGAACAAGGGAGGGAAGUGGUCACAGAAACCCGGAAGAAUUCCGAUGUGAUGCAACAUCCUAAACCAAUGGCAGAACACCAGCAGCCUCUGUUCACUGACAGCUUUUUGACUCUGCGCUCUCAGUCCUCUCUCGCUGAACCUGGGAGAAGGGAAACACGCUGGAUUCCGCAGCCUGCACCUGCACACACAAACCUGGAGGUUGCAAAGAGUUUGGCUCAAAAUGUUGCCUCGCAAAGCUUAAGCGUACUCAGGAAUAUGAAGCUUCACAACUUGAGGAACUCUGCUGCUAAGCGGUUCGGCUGCUUGCAGUGUGGCAAGAGCUUCCGAUGCUUUAGUCAGCUUGAAAUACACCAGAGAAGUCACACGGGAGAGAAGCCGUUCAGAUGCACGCUGUGUGGAAAGCGAUAUGCACAAAAAGGGCACCUGUAUACACACCAGCGCACGCACACUGGGGAGAAGCCAUAUCGCUGUCCCAUUUGUGGCAAAGGCUUUAUUCAGAAAUGCACCCUUGAUAUGCAUCAGCGUACACACACUGGAGAAAAACCAUUUGUUUGUAUCAAAUGUGGGAAAGGGUUUACAAAGAACUGUAAUCUGAAAAAACACCUUGCAGUACAUUUAGAUGCCAGUUUGAACAUAUAUGGUAGUGAAUCUAGUCCACCAACAUUUAGUGGGACAUACGUAAAUGAAACAAGAAGGAAACAGGAGAAACGUUUUAAAUCGCUCUCCGGAUCAACAGCCGUGUUUCAGCUUGUGUCAAUGGUGCUGCGUUCACGGGCUCCUUGUAAACGGCGGCGAGCAAGCAUACAUGUUUCCCACAAUCCCUCGCGGCACAGCAACAUCAUAAAUUUGAUUACACAGGGCAACGUCGCUAGGUUGGGAGUAUUGCCAAAAUUUCGAAACGCCGAGUUUCCCCUGGCGACGACGAUGUGCGACAACGCAAGCCGAAGUUUUCGGACGCAGCUGGCCGUGAUUCUGGAGAAGCUAACAAAGGCGGCUUUGGUUGAAAUAGGAAAUCUGGCCGAUGAAUGCUCCUCUGUCCUUCACACCGAGAUAUCUCUGCACAAGACGGAGAAUGAGGCACUGAAGAAGAGGUGUUACUCACUGGAGGUCCAGCUGAGAGCGGCGAGGGAAGCGCAGUCCUACCCGACACACGACAACAACAGUGUCAGCCGCCGGCACCCUGCAGGUCAGCAGCCCGGACGCACAACUCUAGGCUGCUACCGCAUAAGACGCCUUUUACUUAGCACACCGUCACUAUUACACCCACCUCAGCUGGGUUGUCUCCAUCCCUCUUUUGUAAGCUUGCUGUCUAUAUAUUGGUGGCAACAAUAUAUGUCCCAGUUUCUUUUUCUUCCAGGGCACCACCAACUUGCUCCAGCCAUUGAGGGAGUUUUUGGAAAGGACUGGUGCAUGGACCUGUGGAGAGAAGAGAAGCUGCCCACUCAGAGAAGAGAGCCAGUGGAGACGGCUGUGAUGACAAGCAUGGGAGCACAGGGAUUUGACAUGAUGGAGAGGGAACCUGAUCUCAUCUUUGUCAAGGAAGAGACAUACGAUGAUCCCAUUGGACAACAGACGGGGCUCAACAAUGACAAAAAAAUUGUUGGGAUAUUUGAGGAGGAGGACAGCAUGCUUCAUAGAUCUGUUGAUGAACUGCAGCUUCACUCAGGGGAAUUAAACAACUUUCCCAUGUUGUCCGACAGUCAAAUACAACACCGCACACAGCCAACAAUUAUGGACAAGUUUAUUGACGAUGCAGCAAUGAACACUCUUAUUGACAACACAAAUCCUCUCCCAGCCAUUGCAGAAUACUCGGACUAUACGAACAGUAUCCCCACGAAUGCAACCAAAGAAGUUGGUCAGCCAAAACUUGUGAAGCAAACUAAACAGUUUGAGUGUUUGUUCUGCGGGAAAACAUUCAGCUACUUGAGCAGUUUAAAAGACCACAUUAGGCGACACUCCGGUGAGAAACCGUUCAGCUGCUCAGUAUGCGGGAAGAGGUUUGCUCAGAAAACGUACCUGAAACUGCAUCAGCGCGUGCACUCGGGUGAAAAGCCAUACAGCUGUCCAGACUGCGGCAAAAGUUUUUCUCAGAAAAGCUCUCUGAACAUACACCUUCGGACGCACACUGGUGAAAAACCUUACAGCUGUGUGGAUUGUGGGAAAUGUUAUGCAUACAAGUAUGGUUUAAAUCACCACCAGUGUUAUAAUGGACAGGUCAAUCUCAGUGCUGCUCAAAACCGCUCAACAUGUACCAGUAUGCCUAUAUGAACCUCAAACAUAGAAAAUAUUGAUUCUAUAUUAAUAAAUUCUAUUGCCCAUCUGGUUAAUAGUACAUAUGUAUGUGUAUGUAUGUAUGUACAUAUAUGUGUCUGUACUAUGUAUAUACAUAUAUAUAUAUAUAUGUAUACAUAUGUAGUGUGUGUGUGUGUGUGUAUAUAUAUAUAUGUACUGUAUAUAGACAUUGUCAUAGAUCAGAUGAGACAAUGAUAAAAACGUCAAAACACCUCCUUUUCACACAUGCAUGUGUAAAAUACAUACCUCAUAUUCAAGGGCAAAACUGUCCUAAAGAAUGCCAAAAUAAUUAUUUUGGGCAGGGCCUCUACACAUGUAGCAUUAACUUUCAAAACUACCUCUUCAAAACUGCAACCAAGUAGAGGAACAACGCCACAAUAACCACUGCUUUAAGGGUCCCAUUUGCCAUGCCUCAUUUCUUUGCAUUAAACUGGGCAGAAUGUGGAGCCCUGUCCCUUAAAAACAAUAGUUUUGUAGUGUUUGUGUAUUUAUACUGAACUGAUUUUCAGGAAUGGUUCUAGUUUUAAUGGUGUUAAAUAAACACGUGUUGCCAACAAUUUUUUUUUCUUAAUUAUAUGUUAUUUAAACAAUUUUAAUGCCUAAGUGGAGAUUAUGUGUACAAAGCACAAAUUUUGCCUGUAAUAAAUCCCCUGAACAGACCAGCCUGACCUAGCUGAGUGAAUCAUCUCUGUCCAAGAAAGAAAUCCUGCUUCUUCCCGUUUCUUCACAGAUCUGCAUGCCCUUCAAAGAGCCAGAUGUCAGAUGUUCUUUGUUCUGUUCAAGCAAAAAGGAGUUAUUUCAAAUAAAAUUUUCAUUACAAGGUGAA